AUGUCCAGUUAUUACCAUCAUACAGCAAAUAGCUCUUGGCACAAAAAAGAGGUUAUACCAGAGAAGUCUCGCAUAUCGCCGACUUCUCUUCAGAGGAAAACCGACUGCACAGGCUCGAAUUGCAAAGUGACUAAGAGCUCGUCUUCUAAUGUCACUGUUGCUGUGGCAGUGGCGGUCCCCAUUGGUGCUAUUCUUACAAUACUAUCCAUCGUUUUAAUAGUAGUAUAUAUAAGAAGCAGAAAGCACUCCCUGAUGAAAAACUUAGACCCGAAUUCUGAGGGUGACUUAUACUAUUUACCAAAGAUGGAUUCAUCCAUGAAUUCUGCAAAGUCAGAGACCAGUGCCACAGAAAAAAGAUUCAUUUAUGACUCUUACGAAGAUUUUCUGAAGCCGUCGGCGGAUAAUUCACAAUCUUUCAAAGAUUAUGUGAGAAAAAUUCAUGAGAGAGCUCCCGCCACUUAUAAUAUUGCUUCACUAGCUUCACAAAAUAACAGUAAAAUAUCGUUUUUCUCCAAGCGUGCCAACCCUUCGAACAGGGUUUUCGCCAAGUCAAUUGAAAAUUCAGAGACAUUACCGACAGUGUCACUGAUAUGCUUAGACACCGAGGAUGAUUGCGAUCAGAGGCGUUCAAGUUUCGAUAUUAAGAGAAAACCAAGAAUCAAUUACAAUAAUAGCCAGCUUCAGUUACAUCAGACAAAGUCUGAUGAGCUGGAACCACAGUUGUCGAAGGAAGAAGAAGAAAGUAUGGAAAGAAUAAGAAGCAUUUAUAACAUUUACUUCGAGAAAAGUAACAGCACAAUACAAUCAUCGGCUUCUUCGCUGCAGCGUGACUCCAAACCAAUUGUCGUUUCGGAAAUAAAUAGUAUGAAGAUGAACUCCCAAGACAACUUGAACGAUACUACAUUAGCUGAACAAACUCAAUUUGAAGGCGUAGAUGCCAAAGAAAGUGAUUCCAGUUCUACACCUAGUGACAGGUAUGAGGACGCGACAGAGUAUUUGCAAUUAUCAACACCGCAAAAUGCCAAACAAAUUGCAUCCUCCGGUUAUUCUGAAAUACCAUUUAAAGACAAAAAUCUUUCCAAACCCACUUUAUCCCUUACAAUGCCAUUAUUCAAUGCUACUUCAACGAGAGUUGCCUCAUCAAUAUAUUCUGAUGUGGUCGGAAAAGGUCAACUUGAUUCCUCUAAAGUGCCUAUACGGGUCCCCCCACUGGAGAUUCCGGUUCGACCAAUUCCUAAACACGCACAGCAAUACCCCGUGUAUCAUCCAAAUGGCAAAACCCAAGGUAAUAACAACUGCUACUACUAUAAUUAUAGCCCAUCACUAUUAGAACAUCCUCAAACUUUUGAGAGUAUGAGAGAUUUGCCAACGCCAACUCAACUCGCGUAUUCAACCUCCUCGCGUUCACUGACUUCAUUUAAAGGCAGGCCUAAGCCUUCAAAUGCGGUGAAAUACAUACCAACUCUUAGCCUCAAUGGGACGGCAUUGAAUCCGAUGGACCAUCCAGAAAUGUUUUAUGGUACAUGCACGGAAAUACCGUCAGCAGCAUAUUUAACGGAACAAGCUUGCAUGCCUCUUCCGCACCAACUUAGGCAAAGUAUCGUUAUGACUAACCCAGCAGACCUUUCCGUGAGAGCCCGUUAUAAACCAGCAGGAUCUUUGAGCCAUUUAAUGAGAGCCCAACACCUUCCCGGCAGCUCACUUGCUACUAUCACGUCAUCUUUUUUAUCUCAGCCGUCACCAAUGAUACCGAAAGUAAUCAACGUUCGCGUUAGUGGGUUAUUGGAUGACUCUGAUAUUUUGCAGCCGCCUAGUAUGGGCGAGAUCUUACCCUUUAAUGCCUCUGCAGACGACCUAAGGAAGCAACUGGGUUCAUCCCAUAAUUACGAAAUAAUACCAUAA